AGCUGAAACUGCGCUCUACCAUCCUAAAACCCUAAUUUGGUGUAAUCUCCAAAGCCUAUAUAUAUAAAGAAUUUCACAUGCAUAAGAGAGAAAAGAUUAAAGGGUUGAGUACAAACAAGAAAAAUGGGUGCCCAAUUAAUUGUUUCUGUAUUUGCAGUCAUUGCUGCUGUUGCCUGUGUCAUUGCAAUGGCGGGUUUGUUCUAUCAAGGGAGUGAAAUGGAAGAUUUAACCUCUGAUGAAAUCAAGUUUCUUCAUGACCAAGCUUGUGAACCCACCAAUUAUAAAGAAGCUUGCCGUCGUACCCUUGAGUAUGUAAACAGUACAGACAGUAAAGAGUUUUUUAAGGCAACUAUUGUAGCUGCAUCUGAUGCAGUUAAGGAAUCAAUAAGGUUGUCCAAACGUUUAGAAGUUAAGGCUGAAAAUGGAUCUCGAGAGAAAAUGGCACUCGAUGAUUGCCAGGAAUUGCUGGAAAAUGCCAUGCAGGAGCUCCAGGUUUCGUGUUCACUGGUGAAUGGUAGUGAUCAGAACACAAUCAUUGAACGUUCUCCUCAGUUGCAGAGCUGGCUGAGCUCUGUCCUUGCAUUUCAAGAAACAUGCGUCGAUAGUUUUGAAGUCCAUUCCCUGAUUAGGCCUUUGAUGAGAAAGGGUAUGGUUGAUGGCAGCCAUCACAUCGACAACGCUUUAGCAAUCCUUUCUACAAUGUCCAAUAUCUCCAAAUCCUAUAAGACUGAUCACCAUAUUUCGACCAGAAGCUCUCGCCGGAUUCUUUCUCUUGGUGAUGGUGGAUAUCCCACCUGGUUCUCUGCCGCCGACAGAAAACUUUUGGCCUUACAAGGUAAUGGGAUGAUUCAACCAAAUGCUGUUGUGGCACUUGAUGGCAGUGGAGAAUUUAGGAACAUUACUGCAGCCCUUGCUGCGUAUCCUAAACAUCUAAAGGGUCGAUAUGUUAUCCAUGUGAAGGCUGGAAUCUAUCAUGAACAUGUUACUGUCACCAGGAAACAAUCUAAUGUUUUCAUCUAUGGUGAUGGACCCAGAAAGACCGUCAUCACCGGAAAAAAGAGCUCCGCCAGAGGUGUAAGCGCGUGGAGGACUGCUACAUUUGUGGCUGAAGCUGAUGGGUUUAUCGCCAAGUCAAUAGGAUUUGCAAACACUGCAGGUCCUCGUGGGCGACAUGCUGCGGCACUGAGAGUGGAUUCAGACAUGUCAGUUUUCUUCAAUUGCAGAAUGGAUGGGUAUCAAAACACAUUGUUUUACCAAGCCAAACGCCAAUUCUACCGGAACUGUGUCAUUUCCGGCACCGUAGAUUUCAUCUUUGGUUAUGGUGCUGCAGUGAUCCAGAACUCCUUAAUCAUUGUCAGGAAGCCAAGGGUCAACCAGAAGAACACAGUGAUUGCAGAUGGCAGGACAGAACAGCAUGCAACUACUGGAUUGAUCAUCCACAACAGCAGGAUUGUCCCUGAGAAAAAGCUUUUCCCUCACAGGUUCAAGAUCCCAACGUACUUGGGCAGGCCCUGGAAGCCAUUCUCCAGGACCAUUGUUAUGGAGUCACAAUUGGCAGAUUUCAUUCAGCCAGAGGGAUGGAUGGCUUGGGCUGGUUGUUUACACCUUGACACUUUGUAUUAUGCUGAGUACGCCAAUACUGGCCCUGGAGCCAAUACUAACGGCAGGGUCAAGUGGGACAAUUUCAGAGUAAUUGACAGGACUGAGGCCGUUCAAUUCACUGCUGGGCAAUUUCUUCAUGGAGCUGAAUGGAUAAAAGAAGCUGGAGUGCCCGUCUUGCUAGGAUUGCGAGAUUGA